AUGUCAUCUCGAUCUAUAACAAUAGCGUCCUCUGGUCGGAAACAAGCAAUCAACUGCCAUGGGUUGAUGAUACUAGGGACUCAGCUCUCCUCACAGCCCAAACUCCCACAGGAGGAGGACAGGGAGUCUGGCAUCGGGUCCACUCUUGACCUGAGCAGCAGCUUUGAGAUCCACAACCAACAUACCAAACACCAAACCAGCUGUGUUUCACCCAGGGAGGAAGAUAGACUCGAUAUAGAGAAAGAAAGCUCUUCACAGACCACAGCAGUGACUUCCAACAAGAUCCCACAGCUACUCAUCAAUCUAUCCAAGAUCCCUCUCCUCCUCAUCCUCCUCUUCCUCUUUGUUUGCUCCUUGGACACUCUGAGCUCUGCCUUCCAGUUAGCAGGGGGUAAAGUUGCAGGGGACAUUUUCCAGGACAAUGCGGUGCUGUCCAACCCCGUGGCAGGGCUGGUGGUGGGGAUCCUGGUCACUGUGCUCGUCCAGAGUUCAUCCACCUCCACCUCCAUUGUCGUCAGUCUGGUGGCCUCGGGAUUGCUUGAGGUGAGGUCUGCUGUUCCAAUCAUCAUGGGGUCCAACAUUGGGACCUCAGUCACGAACACCCUGGUGGCCAUGAUGCAAGCAGCAGAGAGGAAUGAGUUUAAACGUGCCUUUGCUGGAGCAACGAUCCACGACUGCUUCAACUGGCUGUCGGUGCUGGUCCUGCUGCCGCUGGAGGUGGCGAGCGGCUUCAUCACCAAGCUGUCUCUCCUGCUGGUCUCCAGUUUCAAGCUGCAUCCCGGAGAGGAAGCACCUGAGCUGCUCAAAGUUAUCACUGAGCCAGUGACCAAACUCAUCAUACAGCUAGACAAGUGUGUGAUCACGGGAAUCGUCAUGGGAAAUGAGGACAUGAGGAACAGGAGCCUGGUGAAAGAAUGGUGCCAGACUGACCUGGUUAUGUCCACUGGCAAUGUGAGCACUGCAAACUGUGGCUCCAGGCAUGACUUAUCCCAAUCACCACUGAAAUGUAAGCAUCUGUUUGUGUCCACGGGGAUGUCAGACCUCACCGUGGGUCUGAUCCUCCUCGCAGGCUCUCUGGCCGUCCUCUGCACCUGUCUGCUGCUUCUGGUCAAACUGCUCAACUCUCUUCUUAGAGGCCAGGUCGCAAAGGUCAUCCACAAAGUCAUCAACACAGACCUGCCAUAUCCGUGUGGGUGGCUGUCAGGAUACAUGGCCAUGUUUGUGGGCGCAGGGAUAACGUUUGUGGUCCAGAGUAGCUCUGUCUUCACUUCAGCCUUGACUCCUCUAAUAGGUAUCGGUGUGAUCAGCCUCGAGCGGGCCUAUCCCCUCACCCUCGGGUCCAACAUCGGCACCACGGCCACCGCUCUGCUGGCAGCUCUGGCCAGUCCUGGGAACAAGCUAGCAGCUGCCAUACAGAUCGCUCUGUGUCACCUCUUCUUCAACGUCUUUGGCAUAAUGCUGUGGUAUCCUCUCCCCUUCACGCGCCUGCCCAUAAGGAUGGCGCGUGUCCUUGGUGAGCGCACUGCCAAGUACCGCUGGUUUGCAGUCCUGUACCUCCUCCUGUGCUUCGUGCUCCUGCCCUCGCUGGUUCUGGGCCUCUCGCUGGCAGGCUGGCGAGUGAUGGCCGGCGUUGGGGCUCCGUUCCUGUGUUUGACCAUCUUCAUCUCCAUGAUUAAUGUGAUGCAGGCCCGUACUCCUCGCCACCUGCCCACUAAGCUGCAGAGCUGGGACUUCCUGCCCCAGUGGAUGCGCUCUCUCAAACCCCUCGAUCACCUCAUCACCAAGGCAACUGCCUGUCGUUGCGAGGAGGGACAGGGAGAAGAAGAAAAAGAGGAGCAUAUAUCAACACCGAAGACCUCUGUCAACACACAGGAAGAGUCGGCCCGGAGGAAGGCACAACUGGCUUAUGACAACCCAGUCCUGGACUACCUGGACGAGAGCAGACCAGGUGUGAAGGUGUUCAAAUUGAAAGGUUUGGAGAGGUGCAACAGCACUCCACUGUAGUCAAACCAACAAUAUUUACUUAGAUCUGUAUUUUGACAAUAUCGUCAGACGAGAAAACAUAUUUUAUAAUGCCUUGGAAUAAAAGCCAGUUCUUGUUAAUAAUUGAUCUAUCAUUAGAAUAGCCCGGCUACAUUACAUGAGUAGUAUGAGAUUUUCACCUAUGCUUGAUUUUCUUCCAACUGAGUAAGCACCAUCUACAAUGAACUUUGAAACUCAUUUAAUGAUGAACUACACUAACACAGCAUGCAAUGUAGUGUGAUUCUGUAAUUGAGUUUUUGACCACUAUGGAGAAUUGCUUUUUACGAGUGGAUCCCCAUUGGUUGUGCACAUUGCUAAAAUAAGACGAACAACCAUAAACAAUGGCAAUUGCAAAGAAUUGUUAUUAAUACCACACGGUCUUUGAGUAAUACCUAAUUAAGGAUAACUACAUGACUUAAUGUGUCUGGGGUAUAGACACAACAUUUGAUUCCAAAACAUCCAGAGGUGUGUGGCGCAGUGUGUUCAGAGUAGGUGUUCGGAUCUGGGGAUCACAGGUUCAAACCCCACUGCAGUCAGCAUGUUGUUGUGUUCCUGGGCAAGACACUUCACCCCAAGUUGUUCCUGUGGAGAUUGUCCACAGUACUGAUUGUAAGUAAGUCGCUUUGGAUAAAAGCGUCUAACAAGUAUCAUGUAACGUAGUCCAAAGGGGCAGCUCUCACAAGCCAACCAGUUCAGAAACCACUUUUCAGUGUCUCAUUUUGCAUGAAUUUGACCACAUUUCCAUGAUCAGUCACUGACUGAGUGAAUGUCCAGUCAUGUCUACAAUGCAUGUCAGAGUUGGUUUAACCCUAAUCAUUAUUAACUGUUAAACUUUCCAGGGUUUCGCAGAUCAAGUGUAAUUUUCAUCCUUUCCUGGUCAUGUCUUUGUGUUAACAACAGACUGAGAGAAAAGGACACUGGCACUGUUGUUACUGGCCGUGAAACAAUCGUAUUACAGAGUAGACAAAUGUUUGCUUAUUAUGUUAAAAUGCCAUGUCUCUUCUUAUAUAAGUGUAAGUGGGCAACAUAAUACACACAGACACUAGACAAUAAUUCAAUAAUCCUCACGUCAGAACCUGGACGUUGUCUUCAAAGGUUUGUGUGUGUGUGUGUGUGUGUGGCGUAGUGUUAGGUGUGUAUUUGUGUUUAAGUGGGAGAGAAUGCACAUUCAGAAGGUGUUGUUGAAUGUGUGAAUAUGUGCUGUUUACUCUGCUGCACUGUAACAAUUUAUCAUGCGUUUGAAAUGUUGACUCCUUGAAGUCUGAUGAUUUCAUCAGAGAACAAAGUCUGACUCUUUUAAGGUGACAGACUUUGAAGAGUGCUUUACAAGAAUGACGAAAGCACACAUCAAAUAAAUAACCGCUCUGUCUCUGUGUGUACAAUAGCAGCUUGGGAUUCAGAGAGAGACUUCAUU